AUGUCUCUUUUCGGCAAUACACCGGGCGCCAGCCCUUUUGGCAAUGCUGCGAAUAAACCCAGCUCCUUUGGUGGCAUUAGUUCCAGUACAAACACAGCAACUCAACCGGCCGGUGGAGGAUUGUUUGGCGGCGGCACACAGAAUCAGCAGCAAGGUGUAACGGGAGGUGGCGUGUUCGGCUCCGCUGCUACAGCCCAACCGCAGCAGUCGGGCGGGUUAUUCGGCUCAAGUACCGCGCAGAAGCCGGCUACUAGCCUUUUCGGUGGAACACCACAGCAGCAGCCGCAACAGCAGCCGCAGCAGUCAGGAGGAUUGUUUGGUUCGAGUACCGCGCAGAAGCCUGCUGGGAGCCUUUUUGGUGCACCUGCCCAGCAGCAACAAACGCAGCAGCCGGCAGCCGGGGGUGGACUUUUCGGAGGUGGUCUGGCACUCGGAGCUAGUGGGGUUGGCAGCGCGCAGCAGCAACCCCAACAGCAACAAAGCAGUCUGUUCGGUAGCUCCAUCCUUGGUGGAGGGCAGCAGCAACCGCAACAGCAGGCUCAACAGCCGCAGCAGUCGCAGUUUGGACAAACAACUAUGGUCCAGCCACAGGGUCAACAGCAGGAACAAUCCCUUUCGUCAAGUCUGUGGUCUCCCGGCCGUGCUAUUACUGGAGGUGAGCCUACAUCUGAAUAUAUCCUCUACCGGUUCAAUUCAUUGCUAACUGCAUCAACCAUGUUCAUAGUACACCGAACUGUCCCUAUGCAGAUCGCUAUUGUCAGGGACAAGUGGGAUGCACCCAGCCAAGCUUCUCCGUUCCGCGCAUAUCUCUAUAACCACGUCGGUGAUGACAACGCCCCAUUCUAUCAACCGGGCCCCGAGGAUGAUGAGACGAAGUGGGAGGAGGCUUUGCGGAAGCGACCUGGGCCAGGCUACGUGCCUGUACUUGUCAAGGGUUUCUGGGACCUUGGCAAGCGCGCCCAACGCCAGAAAGACUUCCUUGCGAUGAUGCAGACACGCCUCCACGAAAUCAACAACUGCUUGACCGACCUUCUUUCACGACACGACUUGAAGAUCUCUGUCAAGGUUGGGGACGCCCGCCGAAAACAUAUUGUUCUCAGCAAGCGCUGCCUGGCCCUGGCGGCCAAGACGCAGGUGCUGCGUAACCGAGGCUACGCCAUGGACGACGCCGAGGAGGAGCUCAAGAAGAAGUUGGCCGAACUGGAGCGCUCUGUCUUUGACGCUUCUCUCAAUGGUCGCGGUGAAGAGAUCUGGGCUCGCAUGCUAGCUAUCCACGAGCACUCGAAGCGACUGCAAGCAGAGAUGGACCGCGCUGGGGCGAACGUGGCGACGAACGGGGCCGAAGAAAUCGAUGAGCAGACCAUGAAGACAGCGAAGAAGAUUCUCGAUGACUACCAUGCUCAGAUUCAGCACCUGCAGAAGGAGAUGGAGUCGGUAAAGAAGGAGUUCGAAGAGGCUCAGAAGUUGAAGCCGAACUAG